GUUUUAAAUUAUGCUCUCCAAAUAUUAAACUUACAAUUAAAGUAUUUGUUCUUGUAGCUUGGGCAUCUGAGUUCCUGCGCUGUUGGAGAGAUCUAUGAGCUCAACGGUGUCGAGCUGUGCGCAUUAACUGGUAUGACUUAGUUCAUGCAUUAGUUGGAGCUCAAUCUACCGGUAUAAUAUAUAUAUUUUUUCUGAGCGGGUGAAUCACGCUAUUUUGUUGAGUUCGUGGAUGGUGAGGACUGAGAAGCUUGGUGCGGAAUAGAAGCAGUUUUCACAUAAGCGGCUGACAGGACUAUUCACAUCACAGCCUUAGAUCCAUCCUUGUUUUUUACAACAAAAGUUCCUCCUGUUGUCAUACAAGAUCAUGACUCAGAUUUCUGAAAUCCCUGAAGAAAGUGGUGAUUCAAUCAAGAUUGGAACUGUUGGCACAAUAAGCUCCUUAAUGUCUCAAGAACUAAACUCCAUGAACUCAACCCAAGUAGUAGCUUCAUCCUAUCAGAAGAAAAUUUUGACGACUCCUAUUUCAGUACUCUCUGCUGAUGCCUCUAAAACAACACAGCCAAAUAACAUUCUAGCAAAUGAAGCCAGCAGCAGCAACAACCACAAUACUCACCACCUUUCUACUGCCCAGAAGCCCAGGAAAAAACCUCUGAAAAAUGGUCAGCGAGGUCCAAUUACGACCAAUGAAGUUCAGACAGAUAAGAAGACAAGAAGAAACAAGAACUGCAAGAAAGGACGCACUUACAUAGUCGAAGUUGUGGAUGUUAAGUGCAACAACCCUAUGAGCAGCAGGUUGAAGAAGCUUGGCUUCACCAAACUAUCUGAAACAAUUGGUUAGUCUUGCACGAGCUUGUUUCCAUAAGUUACUAGUUUUGUGUAGCUAGUUUCCUUCUGCAUAGCUGAUCGCAACAUUUAAGCAGACGCCGCUGCUAGCGAGUGGCUUAUUCUUUUGCGUUUUGUAAUUAUUUAAGACUACUGGAGCCUAUGCCUUAAUCACUUUCUUUGACUUCUGA